CUAAAUAAACAAAUCCAGCCGGACCUUCAAACGGGAAACGAAAAGAAUAUAAAGAUCAUCACUAAGUGAUAAUCACAUUCCCCAACGCGAGUCAACUUGGAUACCGCCCGCUUUUGACGAUCCUGAGGAGGAGAAAUCUAGAUUCGUGAUACCCCAUUUUUCGAUCAACAUCAACGACCGCAAACCAUAUUUUCAAGAUGCAUGUUUCAUCUCUGAUCAUGUUGGCCGCCGGCGCCGCCUCCGCCGUCGCGCAGUCCUACCCCGUCGAGUCGGUGACUUCCUCCGCCGGAACCACCACCGCCACCUCGUACCUGACGGCAACGGUCACCAUCACCAAGUGCAACCCUACCAACACCGCUUGCCCUCUGUACUCCAGCUCCUCCAGCGCGAUCCCGUCGACCUCGUCUUCCAUCUCGACGCCUCCCGCGUACCCCACGAGCUCUGUCGCGCUUAACACCACCAGCAGCGUCAACGUGCCUUCCACCUGGUACCCGAUCUCCAAGAACUCCACUGUUUCUGCUGGCCCGACCGCCUACCCCAACGUCUCUUCCAGCUACGUCGUUCCUACCACGUACGCUACCCAGACCUCUCUGAUCCCCACAACCGCUCCUGCUGCUCCGACUUACCCGGCGUCCACCUCCGCUCCUGCCGUCCCGGCCAGCGGAGCCGGUAUCGUCUCCGUCCAGUCCGGCCUCCUGAUGGGUGUUCUGGCCAUGGGCGCUGCUUUCUUCGCAUAAGCUACAGGUUUAUAGUGCGCGGGGUUCGGGGAUGGAGGAUGGCUAAGGACUUAAUUCGCUACAUGUCUUAAGUCAGGACGAAGUGUUCUCGGUGUUCAGAGGCAUGCGGAGGAGUUGGAAGGUUCAUGUCUAUACUUGAGCAGGGGCGUCGUGUCGAUUAUAUGAGGUCGGCAUGGCUAAUGACACAUAUUUUCCAUUCAUUUUGCUUGCGUCUUGUCAUGUGAUUGUUCUAGUACAUUACUUAUCUUCUAAAGUUAUUACGUGAUAUAACGACGAGUUGAUGAGGCUAGGUGCGUAUUAAGGUCGCACAGGUCGGGUAGUAUGAUAGUAAUCUUGAUUGGUGUGGUAUAUACAUAUGUACGUAAGUAGUUAUUGCAUA